AUGAUUAGCCGGGCCGGCAUUUUACAGGGGACAUCGAUUUUCUUUCGACAAGAUGCGGUCAUUGGGAGAGCGAUUACAUUUACUCAGAAAGAGGGUAAGAAUUCGAACAAGAAACCGGCGAAUGCGACAAUGCCAGUCUCGACGCUAACAACGAUCUCGCUACAGCUUCUCAACCUCCGGAUGGGCCCUGGGGCGGCCAUUCUCCCCCCCGAGGUGUCCCAGAUUCACAUGGACUUUGCCAUGAGAACACAAAAUGGCCACAUGGGCGCCAAGAAAUUCUGGCGCGAAUAUCUCCCGCGCCUCAAGUACAACAACCCCGCCGUCCCCAUGAUUGUCAACCGCCACAGCCAAAACGACCAAACGCCGACCAUGACGGUAUACGUCCGAACCGCCGCCGCCACCGCCGGCGACCCUAGCGCGACCCUGGCGCCUCAGCCCGCCUCCUCACGUGUGGGACUCUCCAAGGCGCAACCUCCUGCGAGCAACGAGCGCGUCGUUCACAUCGACAUGAAGAACAAGCACUCGACCAAUAUUCUCGAACAACUCAUCGCACAGGUCGGAGCGGUGCCUCUACGACCGACCCCAGAGGACACGGCAGAAUGGCAGAGCCUGGAGGAGCUCAGGAAGCAGGGCAACGCCAGCCGGGACCGCAUCAACGCCAUCAAGGCUGAAAAGGACAGGGAGGCCACCAUGUUGCAGCGAGCUCGCGCAGCGGGAGGUGCUACGGAUGAUGCAGCGUAA